AUGCCGGCCUCAUUGCUGGGGGUAAUGGGGGCCCGUGAAGAUAUGCUACUCACUAAUGUCUUUGAAAAAGGGAGUGGAAUUUCAAUGAGGCUUCUGUCUGUUCAAACUCCUACAAUGGGCCCAAUAACUGACCAGCUAGCUAUAUACCAGAGAUGCUGGCUUGUGCUAAAGAAGGCAUCUAGCAAAGGUCCUAAACGACUGGAGAAGUUUUCAGAUGAGCGAGCUGCAUAUUUCCGAUGCUAUCAUAAGGUUACAGACCUCAGCAAUAUAAAGAAUGUCACAAGGAUACCAAAAGGCACUAAGAGGCAUGCUGUACUAAUAAUUUUCAGCGAUGAAACAUCAAAAACCUUUGCUUGUGAAUCAGAGCUUGAGGCAGAGGAAUGGUGUAAACUCUUACGUAUGGAGUGCCUAGGAAGUCGAAUCAAUGACAUUACCCUGGGGGAGCCAGAUUUGCUGACUGCUGGAGUUCAAAGAGAGCAAACAGAAAGGUUCAAUGUAUAUUUGAUGCCAUCUCCUAAUCUGGAUGUACAUGGAGAGUGCACUUUACAAAUAACAUAUGAGAACAUCUGUCUUUGGGACAUCCACAAUCCUAGACUAAAGCUGGUCUCUUGGCCUCUUAGUGCCCUCAGGCGGUAUGGACGGGACCCCACGUGGUUUACAUUUGAAGCAGGCAGAAUGUGUGACACGGGAGAAGGACUAUUUACGUUUCAAACGAGAGAAGGGGAGGCAAUUUAUCUGAAGGUUCACUCCGCUGCGCUGGCCAUAGCUGAGCAACAUGAACAGAUGCUACAGAAGGAGAAAAACUCACAGCAUCAGAUCAAAGGGAAUGAAAGGACGGCUUCACUGGGCUCAAUAAUGCCUCUUCCUCGUAGUGCCUACUGGCAACAUAUUGCAAGACAACACAGUGUAAACCAGCUUCACAUCUUUGAAGAUGAUUCUUACCCACUGAGGAUUCCACGUGCAGAAACCAUCCCCAGUUACCACUCUCAACAUUGACAUAAACUUCCAAAGGGUGAAACAUUUUCUGAUGGCUUCGCUUCAAACUGUAGCACUGAAUACGCCCAAUGAAUCAAUGAGGAGGAUUUCAGGGCAAAAUGGAUUGGCGUUUUGAAUGAUAUUUGCAAUAUCUUUUGUUUUGUAAAUCCACACUUCCUCUUCAAGUGUUGGGGUGAAUGAACACAAGGCUGAACGAUUGACUUAAAUGUGGACUGAAAAGAGAGGCUGCUUUUACAAAAGCAGAUUUUUAGCUCAUGUUCCAGGAUGUACAAUGUAAUUUCUUACCAACAAAAGCAAAUUUUUUUUUGUAUAGCACUGUUUUGAGAAAAAGCUGUAAAUCUGCGUCAAAUUCAGUAUACAAAUUAGCUGCAUUUUCUGAAUUAACAAACAGUUAAAGCCAAGACAUUGUACGGACCUGUGUUUGGUUAUCGAGGUGCUAAUUACGGAUUACCCUUUUUCAGUAACUCAUAAGUUCACUUUUAGACUUCAGUAAAGUAGAUUGUAUAAUUUUUUGUGCAUUUGACCAUAACCUGAAGUGAUUACACCAAAAUGUAUUCGCAAUUGGAUCACGUCUACUUACAUUUUCUUGCUUUCACUCAUUGUCUGGGCAAUCGACAUAAGUGUGAUUGGUGAAACAAGACACAAAGCACUGAAUGUGGCCUCAGAAACUCAAAGUACUAACAGCAGAUUAAGAGUAUAUAUGUUCGAAAGAUGGCAGCCACAUUGAAAGGAUGACUGACUAAACUAAUUUACAAAACAGACAGGAAUAGUUAUUCAUUAUGAUGGCACAUUUAUUUCCAGAAGAACAAGGGGCGAAAAUCAGAGGUGAAACAAUUGUAAUUGCUUGUUGUGCUAACAAAAGCUACAAAGAGUGGAAAUGUGAAAUUUAAAUGUGCUAGACAUGCACAGCACACCAGAUAGCAAAAAAAGGUCAUCAAUGUUUGGAUGACAAUCAUUUUUUUUAAAAGGUGGUUAAGUACUUUAUGUGUAUAAUUUCUUUUCCUAUGGUUUUUUUUUCCCUGUGACAUGUCAGAAAGUCCUAAAGCUGGAUAGAAUUAAAAGAAAUAAUUAUCAGCAGCUGCAAAUGGAAUGUUAUAUUAUUGAUGACUAAAGGACUGAAUGAAUAUUAUGAUAUGAAUGAUUAUGAUAAAUAACUAUCACUAGUUCCCAUUAACAACAUUUCUGCCACUCAACCUGGUAAUUUUUAGUUAAUAGCUUCAUCUUUGAUGACAAUACAUGACAAGUACAAAUAAAUCGUACUGUGGAAAAGUGAACAUAAAAGUAACCACCGUGAAUUUUAAUUGUGUUAUCGUGGGACUAUUUUAUGAAUCUCAUGAAAAAUGAAUUAUUGUAGUUCCCAAUUGUUUCAAAUUUUUAGGGCGAUAACAAUUUAUCCUUAUUAAUAUAAACUAAAGUCAAAAACAUUUGUCAUCCCAGAAACCAAUAUAUUCCGGUUUUAAAGAUUUUCAUUAUUCAUUAUCAGGUGGUCUAGCUGUAUCAUAUCUAUUAAUCUCAUUCAAUCUAAUUCUUUUUGCAGAGGUCAUUGCUUAAAUUUCAAUCCCAGCAUUGCGAUCUCAGAGUGGAUAAUCCCUCAUUAUCCUCACAGGAUGGGACUAUACAGGAUUUGGCGUUCAUUUACAACCUGCCCAAUCUGUUAGGUGGCUAAUACAUACUUGUCUGUUUAUCAUUUGAUAUGUAGAAACAAAGAGCUAUGGAUGCUGGUUUAUACACACAAGGUCACAAAGUACUGGAGUAACUCAGCAGGUUGGGCAGGUAUUCUUCAGAGGUGCUGUCUGACCUACUGGGUAACUCCAGCACUCUGUAUCAUUUGAUUUGCUAGGCUCAAAAGUACAACCAAGAAAUUAAUCUAUGUUUGGUGGUGCUGAAUGGUUAUAUCAGUACAUUAUUUCCUGCCUCCAAACUUUAUUCCAUCGUUGGUAUAAGAUUCAGAAAUAAACUCCAAUGCAGUGAUAUUAUUAGAUAGUAUGUGGGCCAUCAAUGACCAGGGGUGAGUUUCUCAAUUUACUGCAAUUUAUCAGUUUUAAAGCACAGUUGGCAUUUAAUGCAUUCUUUAACUGAUAAUGUAAGUUCUAGAAUGAGAUCUAAUUGACCAGCAAUCAGAGAAGAACUGAUAAUAGACAGCUAUAUAGGCACAAAGUAAUUGGUAAUGAAUGAUCGUUGUAUCCAAAAACAUCAUGGCAUUUGUGAUUGGGGUAAAAAGUCUGGCAAAGUCUGUAAAAAGUUACCUCCGCCUUUCCUGUUCUUGAAACAGAACAGUCCACGAGGGUUUCUCCAUUGAUUCAAAGACACAAGGAACUACAGUUACUGGAAGGUUGUGUUGAACACAAAGUUCUGGGCUAACGUAGCGAGUCAAGCUGCAUCUGAGACAACAUCUCUGCCGGUCAUGGAUAUUCACUGAAUAGUCUUCAAUGAGGAGAUUAAUUUGGAUAGGGAGCAAACUGAAACAUCCCAAUGUUUGUUGAAUGGGUUCUGACAUAAUCCGGGCAAAUGAGAUAAAGUCUUUUACUUGCUCAUUUUCUCUACUAUUUUUGCUUAUGGUUUGUGAAUAACAUUGCUAUAUUAUUAGUGUGGUCAUUGUUUUGUGCAUUUUUAUUCCUUCAAUCCCUCCCCUGUAUUUUCUUCUGUCAUCGUUGCUCAAACCUUGAUUCUAUUCUGUGUGUAGGAAGGAACUGCAGAUGCCGAUUUACACCAAAGAUAGACACAAAAUGCUGGAGUAACUCAGCGGGUCAGGCAGCAUCUCUGGAAAGGGUGAUGCUUUGGGUUGGAACACUUCUUCAGACUGAAAGUAGAGUUGGGGUCGGUCAGGUGGAAAAAACUGGAGGCAAGAAAAGGCCAGAGCAGAUCAGGGCCGGCAACAGAUGACCUCAAGAAGGGUGAAGUCCAUAAUGGUCCAUUGUAGGCUGGGGAGUGUGAUACCAAGGAUGCAACCAGUGGAUCCGGAAGGACGACUAGGGUGGGGGAAAGGGGAAAGAGGGGAGGGGAGAGAAUGCCUGAGUUACUUGAAACUUCUACUUCUGCUUCUGCAGAAGCUUCUACUUGGAGUUACUUCUGCUUGAACAGAACAUCCAUAUUCUUUAUUUGUCCAUGUAGCAGCAGAUCUCAUUGCUUUGUGGUCUCAACUGCAAAAUAAAUGGCGAUUACAGUCAAUGACAGAUUACUCUGCAGUCGCAGAAUGAAGCCCUGGAGAAUUCCAAGUGCUUUGGUUACAGUUCCUUGAGGCACAGUACAAAGAUGGUAAGAUAAGCGAGACAAAUGUUUAUCAGACAGAGAAAUGAAAAUGGCCAAUGAGUUAACGCCCAGAGGAAAUUUGCAAAGAAAAAUCUAAUAAUAUUUGGUUAGAAAAAUCAGCAUUUCUGUUGUACUGGUUUUAGGAUUGGCAUGCCAAAAAACAUGAAUUUAAUAAUUGAUUGUUCAGAUCAGCACGGUUUAGAGCAAAGCAUAAUUAAUUAUUAACACUUUAAAAGUGUUCUAUGAUGUGACGAUAAUUCAGUUUUUGAACUGGAUUUUUUUUUAAAUCCAUUAAGCAUCUUCCAUGCAAGAGCACUUUUAAAAAGGUAAUACAUUAAUUGUCCAAAAAAAUUUACUUCAGAUUCACAAUGUAUUAAGCACUGAUAGUUAAGAUGGAAUGCUGAUCCUGGAACAAUCGAAGGUAGACAAAAAUGCUGGAGAGACUCAGUGGGUGAGACAGCAUCGGGUCGAGACCCUUCUUCAGACUGAAGAAGGGUCUCGACCCAAAACGUCAUCCAUUCCUUUGCACCAUAGAUGCUGCCUCACCCGCUGAGUUUCUCCAGCAUUUUUGUCUACCUAAGCACUAAUAGUUGGUGGGAUUUAGCUUGGGGUAAGUGGGUGUUUUGCUCUUUCAUUUUUGGGCUGUCAAAUUUCCAUGACUUUCUGAGCUCUACAAUAGUGGAGGUUUUGGGUAGGAGGUUACCCCAUCUGGAGAAAGUGAAAAAUCUACCCAACAUGUCACAGUGUUGCAUCAUAACAUACCCAAUCAAGGACAUGUCACACUCUAAAUCCUAUAGAUCUGAAAAUAAAUACAAGUCUGUGGCAGAUGCUAUACUUUGAAAUCAUCCUCGUCGUUGAAGUGAAGCUCUGUUUUAUCCUUAUUGAAACAAUAAUUUUGAAAAUAUUUUUAGUUCCCCUUCUUCAAUGCAGAUCAAUGAAUAUUUUCAAAUUAUCAUUAACUUAUCUAGCCACUUUCAAAAGUUUUUGUCUAAUCUGAAUCCACCUCCAGCAUGAAUGAUAAUGUGAUGUCAAUAAUACCUUGAGAUUUAUUCACGGAGUUGUUUAAUGUUGUAAUCGGAUAGUGGAGUACAAAAGAUAAAGGAAUCAUUUGGAUGUCCGUGACUGAUGUUGCUCUGAUUUAAAUUAAUGUUUAGCUGUGUAAGUUCCCAGAUGAACACUGAAAAUACGCAAGCAAACUAGCUACAACACCACAAUGCACAUAUCUGUGCAUACAUUUUUUAUAAUGUAUUGUUACUGAUUGGUAAAAUUUACUAAUCACGGGACUUCCUGAAUGUUUUUAGUCCAUUUUGUUUCAAUUAAAAACUAUGAAGGAAAAUCCCACAGCCUCUGCCUACGGAAAAUAUUUUUUGGGUUGUAAAAUAGAAUUGAUUAUUUUGUACAAAGUAUUAAAAUGAAAGAAAACUAAAUGAGUUUCAUCUUUUCCCAGAGGUAAAUUUCCUCCAAAAAAUACUAUCUAGUUUGAUAUAUUCAUGGGGCUUGCUGCAAACCAGUUAAGUGCGU